GCAGCAGCAGCAGCAGCAGCAGCGCAGGCUCAAACUACUUCAUCUGCAUACCCAAUCCCACCCACCCCACGCAAGAACACCAGACAUCAUGAGCCACCAGCAGCAGGGCGGACCAGUUCAGUCCUCCUUUGCGCCCCAGGUCCCAGCCCACACACCAUCUCCCGAUGCCACCCACUCGCCGUUUGCCCGCGUCGACUCGUCGCAGCGCAUCACCUUCUCCGACAUGGCUCGCCUCGCUGGCCGUCCUCAGACAAGUACUCAUCGUUCACUGCAGUUCGACGAGAUGUACGCGGUGCCGGAGUCCUUCCUCGAGAUCGAGGUGCGGAAUCCCCUGACGCAUGGCGUGGGAAGGAAGAUGUACACGGAUUACGAGCUUGUGUGCAUGACCAACAUCCCCGCGUUCAAGGUCCAGCACUCGAUUGUGCGCCGGCGAUACUCUGACUUUGAGGCGUUCCGUGACAUCCUCGAGAGGGAAAGCACGCGUGUCAACAUCCCCCCUCUUCCCGGCAAGGUCUUCACGAACCGCUUCACCGACGACGUCAUUGAGCAGCGCCGCGAGGGCCUGCAGCGUUUCCUCGAGAUUGUCGCUGGCCACCCGCUGCUCCAGACUGGCAGCAAGGUGCUGUGUGCCUUCCUGCAGGACCCGUCGUGGGACAAGGCUCAGUGGAUCUAGGCAUGGUCGCGGUUCCACUUCAUGUGCAUUUCGAUUCUGGUUUCUUCGUUGUUUGUGCUGUAUGGAUUCAUGAG